AUGGGAGCCGUGACUGGAUGUUUUAUAUUUGGAAACAACAAUAAACAGUGGGGGGCUUCUAUCAUCAUGUUUUCGGCAUCCGUGUGUAUCGCCCGAGCGAUCAGCAAGGUCGUCGAUGGGUAUGAUCACGUGGCCAUGGUUGGGGGUGUCGUCGAAGUUCUCUUUCCCGUCGCAACGUGGGCUUUCAUGAAAGACGACGAAGCUGAUCAGAGCACUGACAAGAGAAAGAAUCUGCAAGAAGAUGUCAUUAUACAUACAAGUGCAAGUAGUAACGGAACUGGCCAGCCAAUGGAUAAGGUAAUCCUUAGUGCCGAGUGGGUGAACUGCACUUUUGGGCUUUAG